GUUCUAAAAAUAGGCCCCUUUCGUUUUUUUAUUUUUUUCGGAAGGUCCUUUGCCUUUCUUAUCCCUUUCCUUCCUUUCCCACACUCACAACACAACAUAUACACACAAGCACCACACCAAAGAAACAAAGCAUAUCUCUUCCUUCUACUUUCUCUCUCCUUCUGUUUCUCUCUCUAUCUUCUUCUGCCUUAUCUCGCUAACCCUAAGGUUUCGCCAUGAAAGGCGGUAAGUCCAAGGCUGCUCCCAGGAGGACUGAUACCAAGCUGAAGGCGAAGGCUGGAGGAGCCGGUAAGAAGACGGCCAAGAACGCCGGAAAGGAUCCGAACAAGCCUAAGAGGCCUGCCAGUGCCUUCUUCGUUUUCAUGGAGGAGUUCAGGGAAAAAUACAAGAAGGAGCAUCCGAAUAACAAAUCCGUGGCUGCUGUCGGUAAAGCUGGCGGUGACAAAUGGAAAUCGAUGUCAGACGCUGAGAAAGCUCCAUUUGUAGCGAAAGCAGAGAAAAGGAAGUCCGAAUACAACAAGAACAUGCUCGCUUACAACAAGAGACUGGCUGAGGGAGGGAAUGGAGCGGACGAAGAGGAGUCUGACAAGUCAAAGUCAGAGGUGAAUGAUGAUGAUGAAGACGAGGACGAGAGCGGAGAGGAUGAUGAUGAUGAUGAGUAGAAAGAAGGAGCCCAUUGCUUAGAACUGAAGAAACACAGGAAGGAAGGACGGUUCUUCAUUUUCAGAUUUUUCCUCUUUCGAUGAUGAUAAAUAGCUUCUUUUUUUUGUUUAAUUUUUAGGGUUUAGGGGGAAAACGAAAAGAAAGGGGAUCGGAUUUGAGCUUUCUGCAUGUGUCUGAUUCCCCAUAUGGUUCUGUACUUAAUUCUCUGUUUACGUUCAAUCAUUCAGUUAGUGUAAUGUUAUAUUCCCAAUUCUCUCAUUCCUCCAUUUCUUUUC